UAGAUUUGUCUAGUGCAUCGACAGGUGAUUUCUCUCCCUUGGCUUUCCAUUUGACAUUCUUUUUAGCUUAGGGGGCCCUAGUAGUCGCAAGAAUAACGCAAGACCAGGACUCUGAAAAGUGAGAAAAAGAUUAGGGAUUGACCAGGACACAUUAUGAAUUCCGAAGCGGACUACACCCUGUGUAAUCUGGACUCACAUCACGGUUAUCAGAACGCCUACGGUUCCGGUACAGAUAUUUACGGAUUCCACUCUCUCAAUGGACGUAGCAGCCUGGACACCGGUCAAGCGUGCGGUGCCUACUACAGCGGGGACUCCCUUUCGCCGCAGCUGGGCACUCCGGGAGAGCUCCCUCUGGGCUCCGGAGGUAACCAGCCGUCGAUGGGAUACGCUUCGGCCGGGGUGCUGAGCAACAGGCAGUCCGGCAGGGGCGCCAUUCACGGGUAUCCUCACAGCAUACCCGCCGCCCACCAUCACCAUCAGCACCAUCAACAACAGCAGCAUCAGCACCACCACCACAACGGCGGGGGAGGACAGCACCACGCCUACGCCACCCACGACCUGUCCAUGACCACAUCCACCGACUGCUACACCUCAUCUCAACAGCAGCACCACGGCUUGAGCACGGCGCCCAACUUCCUGGAAAUCGCCACCGUGCGCUCCGGAUACCACACGUCCAGCCUCGACUCGGUCAAAUACGGCUCCGGCAGCCCUGGCCCUGGUCACCUGAUGGGCUCUCCGGCCGGAAUGACCAACGGCUACCUGCCGGCGCCCCAGCCGACAUCCUCACCACUCAAAUCCGAGGUGUGCACAACCCCACAGGGGGUUCAAGGAAAACCGUUCCGUUGGAUGACUAUCAAAAGGAACCCCACCAAACCAGCCGGGAAAACAUCAGAAUUUUCUACAACCGGAAAUAGCUACACUCCAACCAACCAAUCGCCUCACGCUACCAAUGGCUCCACCCAAGCCGGCGCUGUCGGAGCGGCUGGUUCGGGGCGCACCAACUUCACCAACAAACAAUUGACCGAACUCGAGAAAGAGUUCCACUUCAAUAAAUACCUGACACGGGCCCGCCGGAUCGAGAUUGCCGCGGCCCUGGGGCUGAAUGAAACCCAGGUGAAGAUCUGGUUCCAGAAUCGGCGGAUGAAGCAGAAGAAGCGCAUGCGCGAGAUUCAGUUCGAGAAAGUGAACAGUGACACUUGCCAACAGUUAGGGAUGGACGGACUCACGGUGCCCAAUAUGGCGGCCCUAUGUCACGAUACAAGAUAAUUCCUGGUUGGGUUUUCUUUUGUUUGGUAGAGUUUCUUUUUCUGUUUCUGUGUUUAUUUUGCAAGAGUGGCUGUGUCGUACAAACCUAGCGAUAUCGUCAACCAUGACUUGUCAUUAUUCAGCAAGGUAGAUAACUUCUAGUUUGCCGUACAGGAAGUAUGACCCCCGAACGAUCUCUUCUUGCACCGGAUGUGAUUCGCCCUCUCCUAGAAGGAAUUAAGAUUUGUUUUUUAAAAUACUAUUGUGGCAGACUUUGAGACACUUUCAAAGUGAGGAGUCACGCUUGAUUUGCUUGGAAAGGUGAGAGUAUGUCUUCCCUUUGCCCCCCUCCCCAAAUGACGUCAUUAAAACAGUAAAACGUUUGCCAGCACCACCAGGUGCUAUAGGAUCGAGGGGGAAGAUGACAUUGAGAUGGCAAGACAUGUAGUUGACCAGCUCUAGCUGCACAUCUAGAGGCAUGACUUCACGAAAUGCCGUAAAGGUUGGCAUUUUUUUUUUCACCGAGUCAAAGGUCGUGAAACACUGAGACAACAUGAGUAUCUUCGAAACAAUUCUUCUGCAGCUUAGACGUCAUAUUGUAGGAAAGGAUAACUCUAUAUUGUCAUCAUCACUUGUCAACACGUCUGUAUCCAGAUCUCGGCGCCAUGCACUUCUGGGCCGUCCACUCUCCCUCUUUCCUUUGGGGCUUAUCUUGUGAAUGUUGGAUGCUGUCUAGGAAAGGAUAAUUCCAUAUGCUAGGAAAUGACAACUCCAGACUAAACUACAAAACCCAGUGACAAACCAUGGUUUGUUAAAUCUUAUCACAUUGAACAAUAUUAAUCCCCGGAUGUUGAUUAAGGUACGCCCUUACAGCCCACUCACACGCCACGCUGUUGUUUCAGACCCCGAGCCGAACUCUCCGCUGGGGGGGUUGAAACGUCACUAAGCAUCCAACAGAGUGUUGAGACAGCAUGAUAUUAUAGGCCUACAGCCAUACCAAUGACAAAUCCAAUGUCAAACUGACACUCUACCCUAUUUAUUUCUUGGACGUCUCAACUUGUUCAUCGAUUUCAUUGAGUUUUUGGACCCUAAAUGGGAUCGACUGAUUGAAUGAUUGACUGACUGAUUGAGUGAAUUGCCCAUUGAAUAAAUCUUAAUUUAAUGAUGUUUCUCUCUCUGUAAUGUUACGUGUUGCGUAGAAGAUUGUUGUCUCAUCCCAAUGACACGUGCGUCUGAUAAAGUUUUAAAUGAGGUGUCGUCCCAAAACAUACUAUUGACAUUCGAUUUAGUUUCUUUCUUUCUUCUAUUAUUAUUAUUAUUAUUAUUAUUAUCACCCUUACGUUACAUGAAGUCUUUUUUCAUUUGAGGGCCAGAGUACCACUGUAUGUUUAUCUUAAAUACAUACUAUGUGAUGAUACUAUGUGUUACUGCAGAAGACGAUGCAACUUAUGCUACUAGUUUGCUUAAGUUUUAUUUAGCAUCUCCGAGAUAGUUGGCAUUGUUAUAGGCAAGAAGAGAUGUCAAUUGUGUCAUUUUAGUGCUAAAAGUCAAAGUCUGGACGAACAAAGAAUUUAAAGAAGACUUCUGACAGUAAUCUACAAUUCUCGUCUGUGAGCACAAUAUAUCAGAGAAACAGCUGUAGAUUGGCAAAGACCUGGAAGAGGAUUUAUGGGUUGCAUAAGAUAGUGAGUUUUGAGUCAGUUUUGACGUUUUGACCCCCAGUCAUAGCCAACGUAGCCACGUCUUCAAAAUAGUUUUGGCCCAUUGCCUCUUACGUCACAAAACUCACUAAACUGAUGAAAAAACAACAGACGACCACAUGGUCACCAUAUAUUUUACACUUGCAUCACUAAGUUUGUCAUAGUAGGACAAGUCUGGAGGAUGGGUAAAGGGGGCAUCUUGCCCCACUUGCCUCAAUAUAUCUGUAGGCCUUUUUUUUCCUUUCUAUUUGCCCGUAAUCCUCUAUCCUUUCUUAUAAAGUGAAUAUAUGUCUGUCUGUCUGGUACGAAUUUCGAAAACAUUAUUUUUCACGCGUUCCAUUCUGGUGUCAAGUUGAAACUUUGCCCGAUUCAUCUUUGUUCCUAACAAAACAUGAAUCGAUCAAACAAUUAAGAAGAUAAUUAAAUAGUGGUAAUUAAUUAAUGUUAUUUGAUUUCGAAAAAGGGAAAUAUAUAUCAUAGUAUUGAGAUGUAUUGCUGUGAAUUUGGCGUUUUCCACUUAAGUUAAUAAUUUUUUUUUAAUUUUUUUUUGCUUGUUUUUCACCAUUAAAUUCGAGACUAUCCUAAUUAGACUGGGCGCGGUGGCUGAGCGAUAAAGCACUUGGCUUGUGAACCGGCUUCGAAUCCUGGUGAACACUGGGAUUUUUAAUCUCGUGACCUUUAGGGCGCCUCUGAGACCACCCAACUCUAAUGGGUAACUGACAUUAGUUUGGGAAAAGUAAAGCCGGUUGGUCAUUGUGCUGGCCACAUGACUUCCUAGUUAACCCUGGGCCACAGAAACAGAUAAACUCAUCAUCUGCCCUAUAGAUUGCGAAAUCUUAAAGGGGAACUUUGCUAUCCUAAUUCUGAUAUUGGGGUGUGAAAAACAUGACAGAAGAUAGAUAACAAGAUAAUCACCUUACAUUUAUCUUGUAUAGUAGCUAGCCAUUCUCAACUCUUGUGAGCAAAGAGUUUAAGUUAAUAACAAAGAGUCGUCUCGCAAUGGGAGAUCAUUAUUACACUUAAUGUAUGAACAAAGAAAGAUGAUUCAUAAACUAGACUUAUCCCCACCUGCCUAUAGCAUCUCGUGUGUAAGAGUGUCGGUGUGUCUCUAAGGCCUGGGGCAGAAUUUAUGGCUUACUCUAAGUCCACUGGGUUUGACAAAGCCAUUAUGUCCCCUCCUCCUCCUCAACCAACCCCGCUGUCUCCCUUCGCGUCUUGCUCAUUCAUGAACUAUGUCUGACAUAUGACACAUUGACAUGCCACAAUAAACGUUGUCCUUCAAAAACAUGACCAAGACGCUCGUGUCACGUCUUAAAUACGCGAAUAGUGAGAAGAAAAUGACAUCGGAAAAAAAUAAGUCCUUUGUGGAGGUGUGGGCGAUGAAUGGACACGGAAUAUUACCCAAAUAGUGUUCUGUGUUACUGAAGUGUGUUGGCUUCUAGUCACUAUGUACACACACACAUACUCACACGCAUACGUACAUAAAAUAAAUUAUGGCUUAAUAGCGCUACUUUCAUGCUUAUAUGCUCAGAGCGCUAUGGUCCAAUCUCGGACCAGUGGGUGCGAGGGGGUAACUAGAGAAGGUUUUGCCGGUAGGCACUCAGUAAACACAACUCUGCCCGAGUCGGGUGUCGAACCUCGAACCUCGAGCCCCUUUUAUAGCUAGCCAAGCCAAGCCAAGUUCAGCACUUAGCCUCUCGACCACGUGGAAAUCCCAAUCACUUGCAAUAACGCAUUUCAGGCUGGGAUAGGUUGCAAUUACUUCUGAAUCUUUUCUUGUCAGAAGAUUUAAUGUCACUUUACAUAAAGUGCAUAUUUUGCAUUCGAUCAGAGCUAAGCCACGGAAGCUCUAACAAAACAGUAGAAAGAUCUAGCGAGUCUGGAGAGUAAGGAGUAUUUCACGUUCCUUAGCAAUGUUACCUGGGUUCUAGUGCAUUCUGGGUUCUUUGCGCCGCGGCCUUGGCAGCAGAUCUCGUCGUUUUCGGAAGCCACUUGCUGCUAGGUGUUCUCCGCUAUGCCAAUUUUAGCGGCCUCCAAAAGGGGAAAAGAAGUUCACGACAUUUCGUUCACCCGACAAUUCGUUUACCGACAACUUGUUCACCGACAACUUGUUCGCCGACAGUUGGUUCACGACAAAUCGUUCACACGACUAUUCGUUCAGAGACAAAUUGUUCACAGAAAAAAAUCGUUCGCUGGACAGUAACAUAUUGUUAAUAUUAUAUAUUCUCGUCGCGUGUUUAAUUUAUAUUUACAUUAAAACUUUUGUAGCUAUUUUUUCCCCAAAAAAAUUGAUUGCUAGAUAUCGGGCCUAAUCCGAGUUUCUUUAUUUUUUUUGUUGUUGUUAAUUCUUUGUUAAUGAGGACAGUAUGCGAUAAAAAUUAUAUUUAAAAAAAAAAGAGAUCUUACAAGCUAGCUGAAAAUUUUUUUAGUUUUGUGUGGAAUGUCUGUCCGUCCGUCCGUCCGUCCGGUUUAGAUCUCGUAAACUAGCAAAGAUAGUGAAAAUCCGACAUCAUAAUAUUUUAGUCCAUUCAAAGUUCUGAUGCAACGGCUACUUUUUUUUUUUCUGAAAGCGAAAAAUUUAAUUUUUUAAAUCACUAAUGCAAGCAGUUUUUUCAUAAAAAUACACCACUUUUACAAAUAUUCACUAUUAGUAGUAUCAAACACCGAAGGCCCUUUACAAGGGACUACAAAUGUAUCGUAUUCUAAACACAAUUAUGCAAAUGGUUUUAGAUUUUUUGUGAAAAACAUUUGUUUUACAUUUUAAUUGCUAAGUUACGUACGUUCUGUCAUACUAAUUAACUACAUUUACACACACACAAAAUGUUUAUCUCUUUUUUUUUAAGAGAAAAAAUCUAUUUAGUAUGCAUAUAUAAGUUAGACAUAAUUUAUAACAACAAUUAAUAACUAGUUUUUCAUAUUAUCGCGUGACCUGCAGUAGUGUAUUAUAAUUACAGAACAUUUAACUAACGGAUAUUUUUUUUUCCUGAAGAUUUAAAUAAGAGGUUGACACUUUACAAAACAAUUAUGUCGAUUAGAUAUUCAUUAUAAAACAUCAGUUAGGCCAGGUUUACAUAUACCUCACAUUCACUUUCACCUAUCCUUUAAUCUGCUGGACCGCUGGGGCACCACACAAGAUCUGUCAACCUUCUUUCUCCAUUCUUCUCUAACAUUUGUCUUUGAUAGAAUUUCAUUCUGAUAUUCUUUCUGAAAAUAUUGAAACCUUCCUUUUUACCUGGCUGGGUAGACCACUUCGGGGGCCAAUUUUGAGUUUGUUUUUCACACAAACUGUCUUAAUAACCUUUUUUUUUUACAUUUUAUUUUAUUUUUACUUAGACUUGAUUCCGCGCUGAUCGGCGCAUUAAUCGGCAAGCUGUCUCCACAAAGAUCUGUCACUGGCAAUGUCUGAAGCCUCUUCCCACCUGGUGUCCACAGCUCUGAGUUCCUCCAUGAAAGUGUGGCGCCAAGUUAUACGGCGACGUCUCUGUCUUGCGUUUUCCUCGUAUUAGCCUCCAUGUCAUUGCAACUCUUGGGAUGCGUAAUUCAUUCUGUCGGAGGACAUGUCCCGCAAACCUCAUGCGACGCUGGGUCAAAACCUCAUUAAGAGGCAGUUGUGCAUCAGAUUUCUGUGUUGAAAAGGUCAUUAUGUGAUUAACAGUUUGGAAGAACAAGUGUACGAAAGACUGGAAGACACACUAUUGGGCGUUUGUUUGUAUCUAAUGACAGUAUUCUAGGGAACCUAUCAUGUAUCAUAGUAGCAGCCUAUGUAUAUCAAUAGAAAAGUUGCAGAUUAUCGCAAUACUUGCCACAAAUCAAAAGCAGACAAUUAUUCACAGCAUAGGGGAAAAAGUAAAAUGUAAAAAUACUUUUAAAAGCUUUAAAAAAAAAAACUUACAGGGAAACUAUACUGUAACAUUUAUUUCCCCUUUUUCUAUACCAAACAAAAUUAAUUUCCACUAAUUAAUUGACUAAUUUCUUAAUUUUUUUAAAUGGAUUCGUGUUUUGUUUAAGACAAUGAAUAAUUUGUGCUACAUUUCAACUUGAUACGAGAAUGGCUCGUUGGAGAAAUAAAGUGUACAACAUUUUUACCUGACAGACAGACAGACAGACAGACAGACAGACAGACGUCCCCUGCCUAUCUAUGGUAGCCUAUGGCCUAGGACAUAAUUAUCUUCAUUGUUGAAGAUACCUCUAAAACGUGCAUUGAUUACUUUUUAUUUAAAAAUAGUGUUUAAAAAUUGAGAAAAAAAAAUGGAAUAAAAAGCGACCUGUUGUUAAUUGUACUCUUUCAGCCACCCUUCCCCCCCCCC